AUGAAACAACUCAAGCUUCUUAUAAUUGGAGCCGGAUCGCGAGGAAAUGCCUACGCCCGCGCAAUCACCGCAUCACCCAAAGCCUCCGUCUACGCCGUCGCAGAGCCAGACCCUUACAAGCGGCAGCUUUUCGGGCAGCGAUAUAUCUGGGGUAGUGCUGAUGUUGGGAAGCCAAAGCAUGGGCAAGAGUUCGCGGGUUGGUGCGAAUGGAUUGACUUCGAGAAGGAUAGACGACUUUUGUCCGGUGUACGAUAUGCUGAUGAAGUUGAAAACGAAGGAGUAGACGGCCUCCUCAUCUGCACGCUGGACGAAACACACAUUGAGAUCUUAACUGCUAUUGCCGAAGCCGGUUUACGGGACAUCCAUGUUUUGUGCGAGAAACCGCUUGCUCUGUCUGUGACGGAUUGCUUAAGUGUUUAUGCGGCCAGGAAAGACGCAGCCUCAAUCUUCUCUAUUGGUCAUGUGCUUCGGUAUAGUCCACACAAUCUGCUUUUGCGGCGACUGAUUCGGGAAGAGAAGGUCAUUGGUGAUGUCGUAUCGAUUGAGCAUACGGAGCCUGUUGGGUUCUGGCAUUUUGCGCAUAGUUAUGUGCGUGGGAAUUGGAGGAGAGCUACGCCCGGUGGUGAUGGGUCGUUGCUUACGAAGUCGUGCCAUGAUCUAGACUUUAUACUCUGGUUGCUUGAACAAGAUGAUGAUGGUGCAAAUUCGCUGCGAACAAUAUCUUCAUCGGGUCAUCUUACUCAGUUCCAGCGUGGCCGAAAACCUCCGGCCGCCGGGACAGCGACCAAUUGUCUUUCCUGCCCGAUAGAGAAAGACUGUAUCUACAGUGCUGUGCGGAUAUAUCGUGAUCAGCAUCUUGCAAAGGGAAAGCGCGGAUGGCCCGUCAAGAUUGUCUGUCAAGAUAUAGAAGAGUUCUAUAAUAUUGGCCCUGCUGCAGCUGGAGAGCAUCUUCUAGAUUGCCUACGCGAGAACUAUGACUCCUCAUCGUGCACUUCAGAAGAGGUAGCCUCUCGCCCAUGGUAUGGUCGGUGUGUCUGGGAAUGCGACAAUAACGUGUGCGAUGACCAAGUCGUCACCCUUACCUGGAAUGAAAAUGCGCUCUCGAGCGGUAGUGUUGGAGGGAGGACAGCUACAUUUCAUAUGGUUGCGCAUACCGCAGAGAGGACUGAUCGCCGAGGACGUAUCUAUGGAACCCACGGUGAGAUCACAUAUGACACCAAGACAAUCAUGAUUUAUUCGUUUGAGACACGCCAGAAAAGUGUCAUUGAGGUGCCUAAGAUGCCCCCGGAGGAAGAGCAAGCGCAUGGUGGAGGUGACCAUGGGUUGGCGAGGGCGUUUAUUGAUGCUGUGGAUGCAGUCGUCAACCAUGAAUGGGAAGUCGAGAAAGCUCAGAUGCAGUUUGUGGGUUGUUCAUUGAAAAACAUUGUGCGGGCUCAUGCUGUAGUGCUUGCAGCUGAAGAGGCAAGAACGGAGGAGAAGCUUGUGAAGUGGAAAGAGUGGUGGGACGGUCAGCUGGAGGGUAAGCUUGAGGGGCCCAGGAAGCAGCAAUUGCAGUGA